AUGGAAUAUCAAUAUCUUGGAAAGUCGGGCCUGAAGGUCUCCAAGGUCAUUCUUGGUGCAAUGUCCUACGGAACACCGGAAUGGCAAGGCUGGGUUCUGAACGAAGAAGAUUCUCUCCCGCUUCUGGAACACGCCUACAAAGUGGGUCUACGGACCUGGGACACAGCAGACGUCUAUAGCCACGGUCGAUCCGAGGAGAUCAUCGGCAAGGCGAUCAAAAAGUACAACAUUCCGAGAGAGAGGCUUGUGAUCCUCAGCAAAUGCUAUUUUGGCGUGGUCCCCAGUGCACCCGGUAUUCAAAUAAGUGCUAGCUCCGUCAAUGACGGCGACAUGGUCAAUCAAGUUGGUCUCAGCCGGAAACACAUUAUUGAUGCUGUGGACAAGAGCGUGGCAAGGCUGGGCACCUACAUCGACGUCCUUCAGAUCCAUCGCCUUGACCGCGAGAGCCCCCGUGAAGAAAUCAUGAGAGCGCUCAAUGACGUCGUCGAGUCCGGCAAGGUCCGCUACAUUGGAGCGUCUAGCAUGGCGGCGUGGGAAUUCCAAGAACUUCAAAACGUGGCCGAGAAGCAUGGCUGGCACAAGUUCAUCUCGAUGCAGAACUACUAUAACCUUCUGUACAGGGAGGAGGAGAACGAAAUGAUCCCCUACUGCAACCACACCGGGGUCGGCCUGAUCCCCUGGUCGCCCGUGGCCCGUGGCGCCUUGGCCCGACCAUACCGCAGCCGCGACAGUCUACGAGAGAAGACCGACAACUACCUCAAGGUCCUAGUACGGUCCAGGGAUGACAAGGUUGACGAGGAGAUCGUCGGCCGUGUGGAAGAGGUCGCACGCAAGAUGGGGAAGAGUAUGGCGCAGAUCGCCAUCGCUUGGUCCCUGAGUAAGAAGGAUGUCUGCCCCAUCGUCGGCUUGAACAAGAAGGAAAGAAUUGACGAGGCGGUGGAAGCUUGUAAGAUAAAGUUGAGUGACGAGGACAUCAAGUACCUCGAGGAGCCGUAUCAGCCCAAGAAGAGGCAAGGCUACUGA